AUGGAGGCUCUCAACAAAGCCUGGACAGAAAACACUGACUGGCAAAAUAUUGUCGAUAAAGCCGCUGGGUGUGUCUUCCUCGGCGUUCCGCAUCGUGGCGCCGAUCUGGCCUACUGGGCUGGCAAUGCUGCCCUCAUCAUGAACGUGCUUACCGGUCGCGGCAACAAGAGGCUGGUUCGGGCAAUUUCGAGGAGUUCCAACGAAUGGAAGAAAGUUGGCUCGGAUUUCAGGUUUAGGGCGACUAACAUUUUCAUUGCCUCUUUCUUUGAGACCGAACAGACGGGGGGCAAAUUGAUUGUCGAUCAAGACUCGGCCAACUUGGGCCUUUCUGGAGAGAAAAUCAGAGGCUUGCCGAGAACAAAUCACCGCAAUAUCUGCAAGUUUGGCGACAGCAGAGAAGAAAGCGAUCGAUUCCUCGUGCUUGGCAACUACGUAACCUGGAUAGCCGAAUCUGCACUGGGAAGAGGUCAGUGA